GAUUCAUGGAGAUAACAGAAAUGAUGAUCUUGAAAGUCAGUAUGCAGAAAAAAUGGAAGAUGUGAUAUCUAAAGUCCCUCUAUUUUGUUCUACAAUGAUGCAGCAUCCAUCACAUCAUCAAGGAAGAGAGCAGAUCUACCAGAAGGAAGCAGAGGAAGAAAAAAAGGAAAAGGAAAAGGAACAAGAUGAUGAAGACAGUAGACAGGAGAGAGGCACUGGGCUUGAGUCAGAAGAUGAAUUGUAUGUUAUUUUCACUGAGAACAAUCAAGAAGGGAAUUCAAAAAACCCCUUGUUCUCUGACAGACCUCCACUCCCCCCACCUCGAGCUGUGGUUUCUCCCAUUGGACUAGAAAAGCCGCUUUGUCUGUUACCAGGGAAAAUAUUAGAAGGACAAAGCGAACGAAGCUGGGCCCAGUGUGAUCUUGGAAUUAAAAAAGAGACAGAAGGUGAGCUGAAAAGGGAGAAGGAAAAGAAAGAAGAUGAGGAAGAAGAGGAGGAAGACCCUUAUGCUUCUGCAGAAAUUGAUGAGAAUGAAUACGAUAUAAUCUUGGCCAAAGAGAGUAUAAAGAAGAAAAUGGGCAAUAGAUCUUUCAUUAUAAACAGACCUCCAGCCCCAGCCCCAAGACCAAGAAGUGUUCCCAUUAGAGAGGAGACCAUACCUUAUAUAGCUCAAGUGUUUCAGCAGAAGACCACCAGACUCCAGCAUGAAGGUAACAAGCUCCAGGGUCCUGUCAAAAAGUCAGAUAGAAUCCGAAUAGACAAUCAACAGUGUUCUGCCCUGAAAUGCUGCAUCCCCUCUGGCCAAGAAGAACUCAUCCUCUUGCAAGAAAAAGUAAAAACUGGAGAACUUUCUGUUGAUGAUGCUUUGAAGAAAUUCAAACAGUGGCAAACUGAAAAAAGUGGACUUGAAGUUAUUCAGCAGGAAAAGUUACGACAGCUCCGAGACUGCAUUAUUGGAAAGAGACCAGAAGAAGAACACUUCUAUGAUAAAAUUACCAUUGUACACCAUCCAGAUUUUAAAGAAACUACCCAAAAUGAAAACAGUUUGUAUGGAACAUCUGUUACCAAUAAGUUUUCCCCUCGAUCCCAGGCAGAAAAGGAUUAUGGUUUCUGUUGGAGAAAAGAUAAUUAAGGAGGUAAAUCCUCAAUUACAUUUUAGAUAUGCAAAUGGAAAAACAGGUAGGCAUAAGCCUACAUAACUAUGACUCAGUAUAAAAUGGUCAACUGAGUACAUUUGGAACUUUCAAAUAUUUCAUUGGUUUUUCCUCUAUGAAUGAACACUUGUGACUUUACUGCUCUGAUUGAUUUUUUGAAAAAAUUGUAGAUAGAACUGUCACGAUAUUAGAUGAAGCAUUUCUAUUGUUAAUCCAUUAUUAAAUGAUAUAUUUCCUUAUCAUUUUUUCAGAAUAUUUGAAUGGAGUCUGAGAGCCUAUAAAUGGAUCAAGUCUGAAUUUGGAUAAUUUGAUUUUUCAAAGACUAGUUUAUAUUAUGGCAAAAGAAAUCUCUCUCUUAAAUUGCCCUUGAAUUUGAGAAUGAGACUACAACUGAGUGGAAAAGUGAACAUUUCUGUAAUUAAGGCAAAAUAAUAAUGAUAAAAAAUAUAUAUAAUAUUUAUGUAGGGCUUUAAGAUUUGCAACAUGCUUUACAGAUCUUAUUUUAUCUCAUUCUCACAACAAUCUUGGAAAUGGGUGUCAGUUAUCUCAAUUAUUAUGAGGAAACUGAUACAGAUAUAGAUUAAAUAAUUUGCCCAAGAUCACAUAGCUAGUAAAUAUUGGAGAUCAGAUUCUAAUUCAGCUCUUGCUCUAUUUAGUGCUCUAUCUACUUAGCUGUCUUAAAAUAUGAAAAAUGGCAUAAUUGCAGUCUUUGGGACUGCAUCUCACAAAAUCAAAUGCCAUUAGAGCUUUUCUCUCCCAUUUUUACAAAUAGGUAAAGAAUAUAGUUAUGUGAUUUUAACAGUAUCAAAAUUGUUAAUCCAGGAAUAAAGCAAGACACCUCACUCUUUGCAUCCUUGUUGGGGAAAGAAAGAAGUACAAAUGUUAAUUUGGGCAACUUUAAUUUUUGAAAGUAUAUUACGUUUUAGGAUUUAUUUUGAGCUAAAUAAUGUAAAAGGAAACAACUCUGAAAUACUACUUAAUUCCAAUCAAAGCUGUGAUCAAUUAUGCCCAUCUCUUGUCAGAGAAGUGAUGAAUAAGUGGUAGAUAAUGAGACACACAUCUUGAGAAUUAGCCCAAAUGUUGAUUUAUUUCCCUUAAAGAGCCAUUCCAUUAUAUGGAACUUCAG